AUGGCCCCCUUCGAUCCACAGAGGAUCCAAGUGGCCGCCGUCGUCGCUUUCUACAUGGUCUCGGCUCUCAUCAUGGUGUUUGUUAACAAGGCCGUACUCAAUAACUCGCCGGAUCUUCCUCUUCUUUUCCUUCUCUUCCAGCUCCUGAUCGCAGUCGUGCUGUUGCACACUUCAGCUGCUGUCUAUGAUAAAAUCAAAAUCCCACGUUUUGAAGUACAGAUCGCCAAAAAGCUCGUUCCUGUUGUAUCCGUUAACAUAAUCGGUCUCGUCUUCAAUACCCUUUGUUUGCGGGAUGUUGAGGCUUCAUUUUUCCAGAUUGCGAGAGGCCUUGUAUUGCCGCUCACAAUUGUGGUUUCCUCUUUGCACACGCGAUCCAAACCAUCGGGGAUGGUCCUUCUAGCCGCAGUCAUCGUCACCACGGGUUUUAUGAUUGGGGUCGCCCCUUCGUCGUCACUUCCUCUAUCUGCCAUACCUUCCAAUAUUUCUCUUUUCUAUGGCGUUCUGUCUUCGCUCUUCAUCGCCUUCCACGCUGUGUUGAUCAAGAAGUCACUCCCAUACUGCAACAACUCGACGAUUGAACUUGCCUGGUGGACAAACGUCGGCUCCGCCAUCAUGAUUCUUCCCUUCGUCUUUCUUCAGGGAGAACCAUCCACAUUUUACGCCCUUUUGAAAGGUGAUACAUGGAAUUGGAGGGUGUUCUUCACGGGGAGUCUUGUCACAGGAUUCUUCGGGUUCUUGCUUUGUGUCGCGGGGCUCCUGAGCAUCAAAGUUACUAGUCCUAUAACACACAUGUUUUCCAGCUACAAAUUUACCCUGUGA